CCGUCAAAGGCGCGAGGAAACGACGUUGUGCGUGACGUCACGUGGGCGGGGCACAAAGACGAAUGAUUUCCUAAAUAAAAGAGUACGUUAGACGGGUUGAUUACGGAUUUAUAGGACGCUGCAACGCCUAGCAGACCCCAGCCAUGCCCAUCAGACGGAAAGCAGAGACCCCCCCUGCAGACGUGCCCCCCCCUGCAGACAUGGCCCCCAGUGACCCCCCCGAGGAGCUGCAGAUGGAUGAGACUGUUGACGAGGAGGCUGCUGAAUCUGCACCUCCUGCAGAGGAGGUGGAAGGGGGGCUGAACGGGGAGGGCAAGGACACAGAUGAUGGCGAGACUGAGGGGAGGACUGGGGAGAAGACGGAGGAGCAGCCUGAAGAGGAGGGAGGAGAAGAUAAGAAAGAAGAGCAGGAGCCGGGGCAGGAGCCGGGGCAGAAGCAGAAGAAGCAGAAGAGGAGCGUCCCCGCCUGGGCUACCGUCUCCGCCCGUCAGCACCGCCCCGCCCCCGGCCUGUACAGCCACGCCAAGCUCCACCACAUCCUGCUGGAUGCCCUCCAGGCCAGCAAAGACCGAAACGGGACCUCAAUCAAUGCCAUAAUGAAGUACAUCACAAAUAAAUACGUCAUGCUGGACCUGGACCAGAGGAAGUUCCACCUGCGGAAGGCCAUGCAGCGCCUGGUGGAGAAGGGAAUGGUCAAGCAGCUGACCGGGAAGGGCUUCUCUGGGAGCUUCGCCAUCGGCAAACUGCCUCCAAAGACCGCCAUCGAUAGGCCUGUAGUAGCCCCAGGCAUGCAGGCGGAGACCCUGGGAGACACCCUGCCCCUGAUAAUCACACGGCUGUGUGAGCCGAAGGAGGCCUCCUACACCCUCAUCAGGAAGUACCUGGAGCAGCACUUUCCCACGCUGCACUUGGACCGCAGGCCGGAGGUGCUGAAGGCAGCUCUGCAGCGGGCUGUGGACAAGGGGCACCUGGAGCAGAUCACAGGGAAAGGAGCUUCCGGAACCUUCCAGGUGAGGCGGUUUGGGGAUAAGGAGCUACUGAAGGGCGGCGCCCUGGAGUGGGGCAUUCUGACGGCCAUUACCGCCAUGAACGAGCCCAAGUCCUGCAGCACCAUCCUCCUCCGCAAGUUCCUGGUGGAAACGCACAAGGACAGCAAGGCCUACGUGCUGGUGAAUAACCUGAAGAGGACCCUGAAUCGCUGCAAGAUGAUGGGCUGGAUGGAGCAGGUCACUGGCACCGGUCUAAAUGGGACCUACCAGCUCUGCUACCCUUAUUACCCCAGCCCGGCUAUCCUGUUCCCUGACAAACACGUCAAAGGAUCUGCAGAGGAUGACUCUGAGGAAGAUGACGAUGAUGAUGAUGAAUCUGAGUAUGAGGCACCUCGCAAUCAGAGAUAUUCAGCGCAGCAGAGAAAGAGGGGCAGAAGACUCCCCCCAGCCAAGAGGCCGGCUGCUGCAGCCAGGAGAGCAGCCCCCCCUCACAAGAAACCCAGACCUGCAGCCAGGAGAGCAGCCCCCCCAGCAAGAACCCCUAAAGCUACAUCCCGUGCAUCUAGGGCUGCCAGCAGGGCCCUGCCCACACACAAGACCAAAACACCGCAGUCCGAGGAUGAGGAGCCCAUGAGCGAGACAGAAACACCGCUGUCCAAGAAGGCCAGGCCCACACGCAGGACCAAAACACCACAGUCCAAGAAGGCCAGGCCCACACGCAGGACCAAAACACCAGAGUCCAAGAAGGCCAGGCCCACACGCAGGACCAAAACACCUGAAUCUGAGGAUGAGGAGUCUAUGAGUGAGACUGAAACACCGCAGUCCAAGAAGGCCGAGACCAAAACACCAGAGUCCAAGACGACCAGGCCCACACACAGGACCAAAACACCAGAGUCCAAGAAGGCCAGGCCCACACGCAGGACCAAAACACCGCAGUCCGAGGAUGAGGAGUCCAUGAGUGAGACCGAAACACCGCUGUCCAAGACGGCCAGGCCCACACGCAGGACCAAAACACCAGAGUCCAAGAAGGCCAGGCCCACACGCAGGACCAAAACACCUGAAUCUGAGGAUGAGGAGUCCAUGAGUGAGACCGAAACACCGCAGUCCAAGAAGGCCAAGACCAAAACGCCGGGGUCCAAGAAGGCCAAGACCAAAACACCAGAGCCCAAACGGGCUACACCCAAAAAAUCUGCACUCACGUCGGGGACCCGCAAGUCUACCCGGUCGUCAAAAUGAGCGACAACACCUGGAGGUCAAAGGUCAACUAGAACCUUUGGCUUCAGGAUUUUCAGCCCAUUCCUGAUCCUGUAUUUGUAUAUGUGUAUGCUUUAGUAUCAUUAUUCUCUGAAGCGCUGCAAUGUGUUCACAACACUGUUUAUAUACCAGUUAUAGCCAAUUCAUUAAAAAUACCAGGAGAAGCACUUUGGCUUCAAGAGCAAAAAAUGUAUCAAAACAGUGCUUCUUGGAUUUUGUAGUUUCUUCUAAUAUUCAUUUUAGGUUCAUUUACUUAGUAUAUUAAGUAGAAAUAGUUUAAUUUUUUAAUGUAACUAUACUGCCACAAAAUGUUUAGUUUUAAAAUGCCAAGGAUCAUUGUUUAAUUGUUUGCUUCGCAGAUGGGUAACGCUGUAUUUCAUAAACCUGACCAUAGAGGGCGCACCACCAAUAGAGGCUUUUGAACCAUUUUAUUUUUGUCUUGUUAUUUCCUACAAAAGAGCAAAAUCUAUUUAAGGCAUUUCAGUUGGUCUCAUUUUAAAUGUUAGUUGAAUGUUCUCCGGGAGGAUUGUCAUGAACCCUGGCUGGAGCGUGAUUGGGAGCUUUGCGGCCGGUCAGAAUGGCGUUUACAGAGACUGCAUGCAAAUAUGAGUUCAUGAGGGGGAAAUAUGAUUUUACUUUUGUGUAAACCCAUCUGAUCCAGUUAUGUAGUUUUGGGGUUUUGGUUUUCAGCUGUCCGUCCCCCUCUGUAGGGAAAGGCCAACAUUGUUUAAUUAGAUUUUAUUAGUGGUAAUCAUUUUAAACAGACGGGUGAAUUAUUUACUUUUUGGAGUUUGGAAUUUCAGUUUUAUGAUUAUAAUUGGCACAGACAGUUUUGCGUAUGAAGAAGGAUAGUUUUUAGAUUCUUAAAUAAGUUCUUGACUUCAGAAGCACCUUGGCUUCUUAAGGAUUCAUGGUCUAAAACGAACAAAAAAAUAAUUUUGACUACAAAAUGCUUUGGAGUUUGUUUCCCCUCGUUGUAAAGUCUGGAGCUCGUCUUUCACUGUACACAAAAAUGGAUAAAAUUAACUAUUGGUGUGUUCUGAGCAGAGCAAAUAUAGAGGAAAAUGUCUACAGUAUUCUGUGUAUUGGUGACUGUGAAAAAGAGUUUUGCUCAUACCUACUUUGUGUAAUGUUCAAUUGUGAUCCCUCUUCUGUAGUUAUUAAAAUGUGGCUGUUUUUAA